GUCACUGUCUAUUUCUCCAUGGAGGAGUGGGAGUAUUUAGAAGGACACAAGGAUCUCUACAAAAAUGUGAAGGUGAAAAAUGAGGAGGUCCUCACGUCACCAGAUGGACAUGAUAUCUGGAAUACCUCGACGGAUCGUAUUAUGUCCUCUCCAGGUUAUAACAUUAGAGAUAAUAGGGUUGUACCACCGUAUUCCCCAGACGUAAAGCACAAUGGUCAAAAUAUAGACCAUAGACUUUACGAUGUGGAUAGAUCGGCAGAUCCCCCUAAACCUGAGGAACCUUCUGAUGGGUUCCGAACUGAUACCUCAAAUACAGGAAUUCUCAGUGUGGGUAGAUCAGGGGAUCCCUCCACUCCUGAGGAACCUUCUGAUUGGUUCUGUACCGAUACCCCAAAUAUUUGGACAGAAGUCCUUCGUAUGGAAAAAUCAGAAGAUUCCUUUCAUCCUAAAGAACCUGCUGAUCAGUUCCAUACAAUUUCCCCGAGUCUCCUUCCAAGACUUGACUUUGGGGAUGGACCACCACCAGGUCUUCCUAGUCCUACGGGACCUUCUCUUGGGAAUUUCGAUGCUGUCGUAGAUAAAACCGAAGAGACAUUUCCCUGUUUUAUGGAAGAUAAAUGCAAAACUGAAAAAAUAUUUCCCAAUUCUUUGGAUGAUGAAUGCUUACCGUCGACCUCAAUUCUCGCCAUACACCAGAAGGCGAACUCCUCGAAAGAGAGACCGUUUUCAUGUUCCGAGUGCGGGAAAUGUUUCUAUUCCAAAGGGCAUCUCGUCAGCCACGCAAAGGUUCACAACGGAGUUCGGCCCUAUGCCUGCCCAGAGUGCGGGAAAGGUUUCAGGUCGAAAUACCAUCUUGCAAGACACGUAGGUCACCACACCGGGGCGCGCCCAUACGCCUGCCCAGAGUGCGGGAAAUCUUUCUUGCAGAAAUACAACCUCCGCAAGCAUCUGAGGUGCCACACGGGUGAAAGACCCUAUGCCUGCACGGAGUGUAAUCAGUCUUUUAUGCAGAAAGAACAUUUAGUGAGGCACUUUAAAACGCACACGGGCGAGAAACCUUUUUCAUGCGCGGAGUGCGGGAAAUGUUUUACAUAUAAAGAGUGUCUAAUAAGGCACAAUAAAGUUCACACUGGAGCACGGCCAUAUUGUUGUUUAGAGUGCAGCAAAUGUUUUGCCGAGAGAGGAGACCUUUUUACGCACCAGAAUACUCACAGGGGCGAGAGUCCUUUUUCAUGUUUGCAGUGCGGGAAAUGUUUCACAAGAAGACAGAACCUAAUUAGACAUGAAAGGUUUCAUGAGGGAGCGCGCCCGUAUUCUUGCACGGAGUGUGGAAAAAUUUUCUCGCUGAAAGCGCACCUUAUUAGACACCUGAAAAUCCACACGAAUGAGUUUCCGUAUUCAUGUUCAGAGUGCCAGAAAUCUUUCCGUGAUAAAAGAAACCUUAUCACACACCAAAGAAAGCACACGGGGGAGCGACCUUUUUCAUGUUCGGAAUGUGAGAAAUCUUUUUCUCGGAAAGAUAGUUUCAUUAGACAUUGGAAAUCUCACAUUGCGUUGCAGACAUAGCCAUGUUUCAACAAAACCUCCUUUUACACUAGAGGAGAUAUCUGGGUGUGUCUCUGCAGUCUCUCCCCCAUCCCUCUCCUGUGUGACUGUGUCUCUGCAGCCACUCCCCUCUCCUGUGUG